AUGCCCCCGCCAUUGACCCCAAUGGCAACUACAACCGCCCCCCACGUUUCUCCCACCCGUGUCAUACUUCGCACAGGAAAAGAGAUGGCACGUAUCAGAAGACUCAAAAAGAACCUAGCAAAGUAUCCUAAUGUAUCAAAAUAUGCCCAUGAUCUGAGAUGUCCAGAUCCCGAAUUCAAAGCGCCCGCCCCAAUCGAAAGGCGUAAAAGGGACACCACAAGUCUUGGCAAGAAUCUUGGAACGACACUCUUCCACAGGGAAAAUUUAAUGAAACAAAUGGGAGUAUUUGGAAUGGUAGCCAAUAGUGAAGAGAGACAGCGUUUGUAUGAGAAUUGGGUACAAGCUACAAGAGAUGGAUUGCAAAAAGAUGAAGGAAACGUCUUUGAAGAGCACAAAAUAAUAAAAUUCCGUUUGAUGGUGGAAAGAAAUCAAAUACGGAGAAAAUAUUGUAUUAGUCCCAAGGACAGACCUGCUUUGAAGAAAAAGUUGGAUGAGAUACAGGACGAGGAGGAAGAGGCCACGGCAGCUUAUUUGAAGGAAUGCAAAAAGGUACAUGCGCAUCGAAUUAAGAUGGAGAACGAAAUGAUAAGGAUAAAUGGUUUGCUUGCUGAGAUGGACCAGUACCCUCAGAAAGAUCUUCCUAAAAUCUGGGGCAAGGGUUACGAUCAAGCAUCCAAAAAUAUUGGCCGAAAAACCAUCCCAGAGGAAAGCGACGAAAUCAAUGACUUGGUUUAA